AGUCGCUGUUGUACAAGGGGAUGCACAAUCUCAAUUUGCUUGCGGGAUAUAUUUUUUAUUUUCUAAUUUAAGAAAUGACCGUAAAACUUUUAAAGCAUCUCGUGUUUUAGGCAGUACCGGUGUAACUUAGACGUUUAGUUGACAGGGCUUUUACUGACGGAUCCAGCGAUUGCAUGUUGGUUCGGGACUGGGUUGUCAUUUUUCCGACAGCUUUAUAAACUAGCAGAUAAACUUGAAAGAAAUAUAAGCCGUGCCAGAAACAUUUAUCGCGACGUUAGAGCUAAAAGACUUUAAAACAUAUUUGUAUUUUGCUCGAUGUGUGUUAACUCUUUUACCUGCUGUUUGCUCCUUUCGAUGUUUUGUUGUUUGCUCUGUUUGGAUAAAUUGGUUUGGAUUAAAAGCCAAAGGACGCCGUCGAGUUGGAAGCUUUACGUUGAAGAUAGUGCUGAAUAUUUACGAUUCGUGGUUAAAACGCAAAGCUAUCUUUAAUGUGGAUAAAUAACUGUUUUCGGUUCACGUUUACGGCAACGAAAUCAACCUGAGGAGUUUAUACUAAGUUUGUGCGCGAACUGACAAACCAGCUGUAGUGAGAACUCACGAGUUAUUAACUGCAUUUCUGGAUCAAACUGACACUGUUUUCAUUUGAACAUUCGUAAAAAUGCGAUAGACCCAGCAAAGCACUUCUUUCGAGUUAAAUUGGGUGGCUGUUUUUGGCGAGAGGCCUGCUGGUCGGGCUUUUGCCGUGUGGGAUUUGGGGCUCAGGCCGCGUCAGGGCGCUUUUAGCCCGGCCGUGAGUGACGCGCAGUGUCGGUGCCGGAGGACGAGCUAUGGAAAGAAUGGAGGUGGACCAGUGCGCAGGCGCAGGAGGAGCUCUCCGAAGGUCGAACAGCGCCCCCAUGAUCACGAACGUCAGUGAUGGGAUGACAGUAUUCAGCUCUAAUAAUUCAGCUCGGUAUCGUCGGAGCAGUGUGUCUGUAAAUCCCAGCUGUCCGUCUCGGAUCCUUCCGCUCUCACCAUUCUCACUGCCAUGUGAGAGAUCAGAGCACAAGAGACAGAUAGAACAGAGAACCUUACAGAGACUCAGUUCCUCUCAUGUCGGCCCCUUUCCUCCUGUGAGUCAUUGGCAUGAUCAUUUGUCUCCAGGAUUUCAUUCCCAGGACAGCGGUGUCACUCCAAAUUCCUCACCCAGUCCAACUCGAAGGUUUCGAGGAGGAUCUGUAAGCUCCGGAGUGAGAUGGCCAUCAGUCGUACCUUUGAAAAGAAAAGGUGGAGUGGAAUCAGAUGGUCCGCCCAAAAAGCUCUUCGUCGCCGGAGUCACAGAUCCUGCUCACGUAACCAGUUACACAGUCAGUGUUUCUCAGUCAAUGGACUCUUCUUCCGGGGCUGCACCCGUUGGUUCAAACACCCAGGCCAGCCCCCUCUCUGUCUCCCACCCCCCACCUUUCUCAUCUCACCACCCCAGCAUGUAGACAACAGUAUUCGUCACAUCUAGACCUCUGGACACAGGUGUUUUUAAAUGAAGACCAAGCUAUACCUAUUUCUGAAUUUUGCGGGUGCUUUUGACAAGAGUCUUUCAAUUCUCAGUCACUUCUGAAGGAAAUUCAUCCGAGUCACGACUUUGAUUAGGAAGGAAUCAAAGCACAAUAUGAAGACAGUGUCAAAGUAUUGGAUGUAACCAAAUUGACAGCAAAAGCUGUCCGCUGUUGUGUAAUUUGCGAAUAAUUGUUCUGCUAGUGUAAGGAUCUUCCGUGCCUAUGGAAUAGUACCUUGUGUAUGAAACAGUAUCUGCAAUAACAGAUUGCAAUGAAAAUCUGGGCGUUCUUUACACAAGGAUUAUAAUGUGUUUUUACUUAUCUCAAUGUUGUACAAACUGAAGAAAAGCCAGACUUGCACCUUUGUUUUUUGGUACUUCUUCAGCUUCCAUUAAUCCGGUCCAAAGGUCUGGAAACUUAUCCAGAGCAAAAGGUAUCUUGAAAACCUGACAGUAAGGAAAGAAAGUAUUGAGAUCAGUUGGCUGUAGCGGCCAUCUGUUGUUUAUAUGUGUAUAGUGUAUAAAUAUGUGAAUAAUCAAAUGUUAUUUUAGUAGGUAUUAAACCUACAUUUCUUUUAUGUUUGUCCCAGGGGUCUGAUAUCUGUAAAUAUGUUUCUUUUUACAUGUUCAUGUUAGUCUGGGCUUAAGUUUUAAGUUAAAAAAUAUACUUCAAAGUAAUAUCAGAGCACUCACACAAUUCCCACAGUUUGAUUGUUGAGUUUUUAGAUAAGUCGGACAUUCGGAUGACUUAAAUUUCUGAAGAUAAAAAUAAAAUGACUUAAAAUAAAUAACUUAAAAGGUGUUUGGUAAAGAGUGGCAGUUUGACACCGUGUCUACACUGUGAGUGAUGUGACAAAACUAAUGCUAUUGUGGGAAUGACAAUUUCAUGUCAUGCAAAUAAUGUCACGGUGCAAAAGUAAAAAAAGGCUUUAUUUUCUUUAGGUAAAACAUCUAUUAUUUUCUAUUGGUUUGGGGUAAAAUAUAACUUGACAAUUUUAUAACAUUUAACAAAGAUUAAAAAAAAUAACAUCUGUGACUAUGACAGUGACAUUCUAGUUUUGUUUCAUCACAUGGCUUGCUAAUGUUCUAUAGAUUGAAGGGAGGUCAGUGUACACAGAAAUUCACACCACGAAUGAAUGUGUUUUCCCCAAUAACAAAAAAUCUCCCAAAAACUUGUGGAGCAGAGCUAUUGAGAUGCUUGUGAAUUAUGUACAAAAGUCAAGAUUUUAAAACGCUUGCAUGGGAUGGGCUAUUGUAGAAAUAGGACACAAGAGACCAUUUUUACAUUCAUGCAAUCAAUCAUAGUUUUAGUGAUAUCAUGUUUCUUUUAAUAUUUGCACAGUGUUAGACUUUGUUGUUAAUCGAUAUUGCUGUUACAUGAGUGGGAUCAUAUUCACUUUUAUUGUAAUGGAUUUUUUGUUUGUAUGUUUUAUUUGUUUUACUUGGGAAGUGUUUGGAUUUAGCUAAACGUCAGACACAGCGGUUCUGGAUUGUGGCUGGAUGAAUUGUAUUAGGAUCAAAACAAAUUGUUACUCACAUAAAUGAUAUAGUCCCUAAAACCACAUGCUGUUCUUACAAUAGCCCUUAAGCAAACACAACUGGAAUCCCUUCACUAACAUCAACAGAUUUCACAUAAGACUUGAUGGCAUUAUGCAAUUCACAUUGACUGUGGCACAUGUUAUUCUGUUAUCUCUGGUUACAACCCGUCGAAACUUGCAGAACUUACUGUAAAAUCGGUGUAAAGGUGUUUGUCAACCGUAUUGUAUCUCCCAAAGUCAUCAUUUUAAUAGCAGCAUAGCUUGUAGGUCUGUAGAGCUGUGUAUCAUACAUUUAACUCUGUUUUCUUGUUAAAUAUUGAGUGGAAUAGAUCAUUGCCUAUCAUCUUCACACAUUUACUGUUGAACUCUCAGUAAUGUGAUGAAAUUGCCUUACAGGUUUUGAAUUCCAAAGUUACUUGCACUGUUUGUCAUUUGCAAUUUCUGGUUGUUGAGGUCCUUGAGAUUUUCAAAGUUUGAUACUAAUGUUUAUGGGUCUUUAUGUUAAGUGAUUACGAAGUGCAAUACGCAUUGUAUAGUAUACAAAUAGCUGGAAUUAGUAUUUGUCAUGUUUCUUAAGAUAAUCAAUGACGUUAUUUAUAGAAAACCCAAAUUAAGACUUGUUUUGAAUGUGAACAGGGUUGUUUUCUCGUUAAAUCAUUUUAAUUUACCAUGUUUUUAUUUUUCAAACCUUACAUGUGAUCUGUUUUGUGGGCCAGAGAUGAAAGUCAAGGAUGUGUGUGUUCCUGUUACAAAGUUGUUUAAUAAGAUAUGAAAUGGGAUGAAUUUUGUAAGCACACUAGAAACAUUCUAAAGAAAUGCCAAAGCCAAUAGCGUCUGCUUGUAGAUUGUUCAAACUAUAUUCAGGAAGCCAGAAAAAUAAAAGUGAAAGAUAAAUAUUUUUCCAAAGUGUUGGUAGCAAAAGUACAUUUAUUCCCUCUGAGUCAGAAAUUAAUUUCAGUAAAGAAAUUACCGUUUCAUUACCGUGGAACUAUGUAUAUUAUACCAUAUAAUCUUAUGAACAAGAGCAUAAUAAAAACUUGAUUUUUA